UGUGAGAAAUGAACAGAUUUCAUUUCUGCCACCGAAAUUAGGAGCUCAGGAGCUUACUCCUAAGCCACUCCUAAGCUCCACAGUCAACUUGCCGCAAUUUCGGAUAAAUCAAGAAGGAAGAAGAAGAAGAAACACACGUGUGAAAAAAAAAAAAUUCUGGAAACCACACGUGAAAAGGCAGAGGAAAUGAGACGUGAAGAUCCAAAACUACCCUCGCUGUUUCUGUAGUGUAGACUAAAAGCUACAUUAUCUAUUUCCCGUUAUUCAUGGUUUGAUCCCAAGGUCGUUUGUUGUGUGUGUGUGCCCUAUUUUGGUAUAUUCACGAGUUGGCCUCAAUAGUCUGUUGUCUUAUUCUCAUUGGUCCUUCUUCAGUCGCAAAAUUGCAAAAUAGACGCACUGAAGGAAGACGGGAAGAACUGUCGGUAAACGUGUGCAAAUUCCAACUUCAAAGGGGGGGCCCGAAGGAGCCAAAUUGUCUUUCAACUCUCUCGCUCUCACACUGGGACUGGUCUACUCUACUUCCCUCCCCUGCUGCUACUUUGAUCCCACUCUGCAUUUGGUUAACUGGUCAAAUAGGUUUUAGCAGAACUCGGCAGUUGUGCAUGGUUCUAGGAUGGAGAAAAGCAAUGGCAAUAAAGCAACCCAGAUUUUUUGGAGCAUAGUUAGUUUCUUGAGGAGAUGUCUUUUUCUAGUAAUUUCUGUUCGUCCUAUACCUCAUCACAUUGCGUUCAUUAUGGAUGGAAAUCGAAGAUAUGCUAAAAAGCGGAAGUUGAAGGAAGGGGAUGGACAUAGGGUUGGGUUUUUGGCUCUGAUGUCCAUGCUCAAGUAUUGUUAUGAGUUGGGAGUUAGAUAUGUGACUAUAUAUGCCUUUAGUAUUGAUAAUUUCAAAAGGGACCCUGAAGAAGUUCAAUCCUUGAUGGACCUGAUGCGGGAGAAAAUUGAAGGGUUAAUCAAGGAAGAAAGUAUAGUUAACCGAUAUGGAAUUAAGGUACACUUUAUAGGGAACCUAAAACUCUUGAGUGAACCUGUUAGGUUGGCAGCUGAGAGGGCUAUGGAGGCCACUGCCAACAACUCCAGAGGAGUUCUGUCAAUAUGUAUUGCCUACACUUCCACUGAUGAGAUUGUGCAUGCUGUUCAAGAAUCGUGCGAAGAAAAAUCAGAUGAAAUUAGUGUAAUGAAUGCAAGUGGAGCUGGGUAUGGUCUACUUCAACUUGGAGGGAAUGAAAAGGAAGAAAGGGAGAACAUUGUAAAAUUGACAGAUAUUGAAAAGCAUAUGUACAUGGCUGUUGCACCUGACCCUGAUAUUCUAAUCCGUACUUCUGGCGAGACCCGGUUGAGCAAUUUUCUUUUGUGGCAGAGUGCACACUGUUGUUUGUACUCUCCAUCUGUGCUCUGGCCAGAGAUUGGUUUCCGGCAUUUCGCUUGGGCGAUCUUGAGCUUUCAGCGUAGCUACUUUUAUCUGGACAGAAAAAGGAAACAGUCAUAAUUUUGUUUAUUGAUGUAUUUUCACGUUUGGUCUACUUGUUUCUGAAUUCUAUCCUCUGUAACAAAUACAUAUUAGAUGCAGGCUUGAAGCGUUUUUCAGUGCCCCGGCCUGUAGUUCUUACUUUGUAAACAUUAGUCUGCUGUAUUGUAAGAAUAAUUUGCGUCCUGUGUGGUUGCUUUGCUGAGUACUUGCAUUAUGAUCAUCUGGUCAUGGUUUAGUGAUGUUUUUCA